AUGGCUCCCGCAGUUGGUAUCGACUUGGGAACCACCUACUCCUGCGUGGGUAUCUUCCGUGAUGACCGCAUUGAAAUCAUCGCCAACGACCAGGGAAACCGCACCACUCCCUCCUUCGUUGCUUUCACAGACACUGAGCGUCUCAUUGGAGAUGCCGCAAAGAACCAGGUCGCCAUGAACCCCAUCAACACCGUCUUCGAUGCUAAGCGUCUUAUCGGACGCAAGUUCAACGAUGCCGAGGUCCAGGCCGACAUGAAGCACUUCCCCUUCAAGAUCGUCGAGAAGGGUGGCAAGCCCAUCGUCCAGGUCGAGUUCAAGGGCGAGGAGAAGCAGUUCACCCCCGAGGAAAUCUCUUCCAUGGUCCUCACUAAGAUGCGUGAGACCGCUGAGGCCUACCUUGGUGGCACCGUCAACAACGCUGUCAUCACUGUCCCCGCCUACUUCAACGACUCCCAGCGUCAGGCUACCAAGGACGCCGGUCUCAUUGCCGGUCUUAACGUCCUCCGUAUCAUCAACGAGCCCACUGCUGCUGCCAUUGCCUACGGUCUUGACAAGAAGGCUGAGGGCGAGCGCAACGUUCUCAUCUUCGAUCUCGGUGGUGGUACCUUCGAUGUCUCCCUCCUGACCAUCGAAGAGGGUAUCUUCGAAGUCAAGUCCACUGCCGGUGACACUCACUUGGGUGGUGAGGACUUUGACAACCGUCUCGUCAACCACUUCGUCAACGAAUUCAAGCGCAAGAACAAGAAGGAUCUCUCCACCAAUGCUCGUGCUCUUCGUCGUCUCCGCACUGCUUGCGAGCGUGCUAAGCGUACUCUCUCGUCUGCUGCUCAGACCUCCAUUGAGAUCGACUCUCUCUAUGAGGGUGUUGACUUCUACACCUCCAUCACCCGUGCCCGUUUCGAGGAGCUCUGCCAGGACCUCUUCCGCUCCACCAUGGAGCCCGUCGAGCGUGUCCUCCGUGACGCCAAGAUCGACAAGUCCUCCGUCCACGAGAUUGUCCUCGUCGGUGGUUCUACCCGUAUCCCUAAGAUCCAGAAGAUGGUCUCCGACUUCUUCAACGGCAAGGAGCCCAACAAGUCCAUCAACCCCGAUGAGGCCGUUGCCUACGGUGCUGCCGUCCAGGCCGCCAUUCUCUCUGGUGACACCUCUUCCAAGUCCACCAACGAGAUCCUCUUGCUCGAUGUCGCUCCCCUCUCACUCGGUAUCGAGACUGCUGGUGGUGUCAUGACUCCUCUCAUCAAGCGCAACACCACCAUCCCCACCAAGAAGUCCGAGACCUUCUCUACCUUCUCUGACAACCAGCCCGGUGUCUUGAUCCAGGUCUUCGAGGGUGAGCGUGCCCGCACUAAGGACAACAACCUGCUCGGCAAGUUCGAGCUCACUGGUAUCCCACCUGCUCCCCGUGGUGUUCCUCAGAUCGAGGUCACCUUCGAUGUCGAUGCCAACGGUAUCAUGAACGUCUCUGCUCUCGAGAAGGGCACUGGAAAGACCAACAAGAUCGUCAUCACCAACGACAAGGGCCGUCUCUCCAAGGAGGAGAUCGAGCGUAUGCUUGCUGAGGCCGAGAAGUACAAGGCUGAGGAUGAGGCCGAGACUGCCCGUAUCAGUGCUAAGAACGGUCUCGAGUCCUACGCCUACUCUCUCAAGAACACCUUGAGCGACUCCAAGGUCGACGAGAAGAUCGAGGCUGCCGACAAGGAGAAACUCAAGGCCGAGAUCGACAAGGUUGUUGCUUGGCUCGAUGACAACCAGACCGCCACCAAGGAGGAAUACGAAGCCCAGCAGAAGGAGCUUGAAGGUGUUGCCAACCCAAUCAUGAUGAAGUUCUACGGUGCCGGUGGUGAGGGUGGUGCCCCAGGUGGCUUCCCAGGCGCUGGUGCUGGUGGCCCUGGCGGUUUCCCCGGUGCUGGUGGCCCUGGCGGUUUCCCCGGUGCCGGUGGUCCUGGCGGUGCUGCCCAGCACGACGACGGCCCAACCGUCGAGGAAGUCGACUAA